GGCGCGCAUACUGUUGGAAGAAGAGUCUGCUGAUCCUUGCCAACUCUUUCCUCCCUAUUCCGAGCUGCGUGCUGCCUGCUGAGCUCUGGACUCCCCCUAACUUUUCCUAUGGAUCCCGUCGGGAAGUUCUUUGGAAAGCUGCACAACCUGGCUGUGACCCUGGAAAAGGAGACGGCUCAACUGGAGCGGGGGCUGAACGGAGAGGAGGCGGAUUUUGAAGACUCUCCAAUGAGAAUUUUGCAUGACUUGCACUUGGAGGUGAAGACUCUAAAGGAUGAUGUUAAUAUUCGUCUUGAUAAAAGUCACUGGGAGAGGCAAGAAAGCAACAAUUUUAUAAAGAACACCAAAUUGCUGAUGGAAAGGAAUACAAUGGAUAUCACAAAAAUAAGAGACUUAUUCCUGAAAUAUGGAUAUAAGCCAACUGCUGUGGGAGAUCCAGUGAAAAAGGAAGAUGUUGGUAAUGUGAAAUCAGAGGAGGCUAAAUGCAAAAACUCUCAGAUGUCUGAGACAGAGACAGAAGAUAUGUCUGGUAGUUCUGUUCCUCAGAGCCCUCCACAUAGUCCACAGCUUUCGGAUUUUGGACUGGAAAAGUAUAUGUUUUCCAGAAAUUUGAAUAUUCAUCCACCAGCAAUGAAUGUUCAGAAACAAGAGCAAGUAACUAUGAAUACACCUUUUAAAGAAACUUCCCCCAAAGUGCUGAAAACUCCAAAAUGCACUUUAAAGAUGGAUGAGUAUGUGGUAGAAACUCCUAAGUUGGAACACUUUGGUAUUUCAGAACAUACCAUGUGUUUAAAUAAUGAUUACACAAUGGUGCUUAAAAAUGCCCAGAAAAAUAAAAGUUUACCUAAGAAUAAUACUAUGGAAAUAAACGUAGAAGCAAAAUCAGGAGGCAACAACAAUAUCCUAAGUUCUCCUGGUUCCAUACUUGAACAAUCGAAAGAAAAUCAUUUUUAUUAUGCCAAUUCCCCUUUGGAGCCUGUAUUCUUCACUCCUGGCUUGAAAAUACCAUUGAAAAAUAGCAAUCCAGUUUUAAAUGUAUCUAGACCUAAAGAGCUUGGUCUCUCCACUAAUGACAAAGAAAUACUACUUCAUCCAAACUUAAAAAUGGAUGAGUUGAAAAAAGAAACAAAAGAGAUAAUAAUUCCACCAACAUCAGACUCAAAUAUUUUACCAAGCAGUUUGGAUUCAGAACUUUAUACUUCAUUGGUUUUAAAAUCUGACAAGUGGUUUGAACAUCAUGAAGAACUCUCUCCUCCUAAGAUUUCAACUAGUGAAAACUUGCUGAAAACACCCUCACCUCCAGAAGUAACUACAAUUCCAGAUGAUAUCUUCCAGAUGUUAUCAAGGUAUAAUUCAAAAUUAACCAUACCAGAAGCCUUUAAACCAAGACCCAGCAAAGCACUUUUUCCUGAAUUUAAAUGAAAGGUUACUUGAGGGAUACAACAGAAUGAACCAAGAAGACUGCAGGAGAAGAGACAUUGAUAUCCUGAGACAGCUUUAGAAUCAUGAAGAUCCUUUUCACACCUGAGCAAGAUGGACUGUUUUUAUGAUCUUAGGGAAACAGGCACCAUAUUUAGUUUUGUCACUUUAAAUCACUUUCCUCUGAAAGCAGUAGAACCCCCUUUCUGUUCCAG